UUCCCUCUCAUUGUCAUCACUUCAGCCUUUCCAGGAUUCAGAUUAAUUCAGCUACUCUUCAUCAGGUGCUGAUCUUGGCCCUUGGAUGGCAAAGAAAUACAGUAGCUGGUUCUGUGAAGGUGAUGCAGUGAUCUCAGCAGUACUCAAUAGAUGUAACCACUGAGCUGAGACUUGUUGCUUUUCAAGUGUUGACCAUGAAACUAAAGAAUUACUUUGCCUCCAGUAACGUAUUAUUUGCCUCCUAAUUUUGCUUAUAUGAAAGUCAGUUCUCCUUGUGUGUUAAGUUUCUAAUAUAAUAAUUUUUAAAUGGAUCCUUCAAACAGUGAGAAACUUUCUCACUUUGUGGACAAGCAUAGUGAUUCUAUAACAUAGAAGUUAUUAAGACAUGCAAAAUGUCAGUGUUAUUUCACAGGCUAAGAAGACACUGAUUUGGUACAACUUUGCAGUGCAGAUCAAUUUUUUCAGACAGAUUUUACACCCCCAAAACCAGGUGUCAGAAUAGAAUGCCAGUGAAGGCUUUUGGCAGAGCAUCUUGAGGAAUAUUUCUAUAAUGUGAGGUCAUUUGUGAUCUAGAAAAUAUUUCCCAAUAAAGCAUUGAUAUUAAGUGGCAUCAUAAUGGCCUUUCAGAAUUUGUGUAGGAGUAUCCAUCAAGCUAAGUGUGUCAUAUUGUUUUGCAUCCUAGGUUCAGUAGUCUGCUAAAUAAAGUCAUAUCUGAAAUGCAAAGCUACAGCAGUUCAUGCCUUCCCAAUUAUAAAGCAUAUUCUAGGCUGGUAUGGCCAGGGUGCUUUAAAGAGGAAAAAAGUGUCUCCAUCCAAAUUAGGCACAAUGGCUGAGAUUUACAAAAGUCAAUGCCUAAAUUAGUUACUCACAUCUUGAUUUAACUAUCUCAGUAAGUGGCCUGAUUUUCAAAAGUGCUGAGCACCAAGCACAUCAGUCUUUCCAUAAAGUCCAAAGAAUCCGUAAAAUGUCUUUAGAGCAGAAAGAUUCUUCUUGCGAUCGCUCUACUUUUGCCCUUCAGCAUCACUCCAGUUCUCUCAUUUCUCCAUGUCCACUUCCCCAUUGCCAUCUUUCUACAUGUUUAUUACGAAACACUCAGAUCGCCUGUUUUCUUUUGCUUUUUCGAUCAGAGUUUCCAGCCAGCGUUAUGGAGCUGUUGAUCAAAUGUCUCAUGCCUCUGCAGAAGGAUAUUUUGCUACCGACAUUCAGAUUUCAUCAGCCUGCACUGGUGCCAUCGUUCCUGAUCACAUGACCAAUGGAGAAGAACCCUCUGCUCCCCCUGCUUAUCCCAUAGACGAAAUCUCCGGCUAUGAAGGCACAGCGCUGGGUGAUGGUGGAGGAAAAGGUUUACCUCCUCCAUCAAAUCUGGUGACUGAUCGUGGAGGUGGGCCCUCUCCAGCCCAAACAGACUGGAACAUUCCUGCUGUUUCAGAAGAUGCAGCCAAAGAAGCUCUUAUACAGUACGCGGCCAGUAAGUGCUGCUACAGCUCAGCCCCUGCCAAGGAAAUGGUGUUUCAGAAUCUGCAGCCAUUCAACACCUACAGAUAUCGGCUAGAGACCUUCACUGAAUCCAGAUCAUCUGAAUGGAAGACAACACCUUACAGGGGUGAAUUUGUUGACUCCUUUUUGCUUGGGCCAGCUCCUUUGCCAUGGAAUAUACAAGUGGAAGUUCCUACCAUGUUCACAGACAACAUAACCAGAGUCAAAGUGCCGCAUACAUCUUCAUUAAAGGGCUGCCAUAAUUGUCGAUGUGCAGGUACAAUUCACUGCACAAAGUGUCAUGGAAGAGGAAAGGUACAGUGCUGGAUUUGUCAUGGCUCUGGGAACCGACUGAAUGAGGACAGGUGCACACACUGCAGUGGUUCUGGUCGGAGCAGAUGCAACAGUUGUUCUGGUUCAGGCCAUAAAACCUGCAUAACGUGUGCAGGAAAAGGACAGUUGCUGUACUACAUUGAGCUUCAAGUCAAAUGGAAGAACAACAUUUUUGAAUAUGUGGCGGACCAAAGAUCUGGGUUUCCUGCUGACCUCUUCAAGGAGGUCACUGGGCAGAAGAUGUUUGUUGAUGAACAGUCCAUGGUUUACCCUGUUGUGAAUUUUCCUGAUCCUUCCAUCAGUCAGGCUUCCCAGAAUGCUGUUGUGCAACAUCAUACUCAGUUUGCAUCUACAUCUCGUGUACUGAGACAGAGGCAAACUAUUGAGCUGAUUCCUCUUACUAAAGUGGAAUACGACUGGCAAGGGAAAUGGUAUUCCUAUUAUGUUUAUGGAGAUGAAAAUAGGGUGUAUGCAGAGAACUACCCCAAAAAGUGCUGCUGCCUCGUUAUGUAACUGACUGAUCACUUCUCAGAAUGCCAAGGACAAUAGCUGUUGUCCAGACCCAUACAAGGAAAAGCUUCAUCUAGUACUAUUUUUGUUUUGUUUUGGUCAAAAGAAGUUCAUUGAUUUGCAUGUUUGGGGCAGGCUGCAGCAGAAAGAAAAUGGGGGAGCGAGAGUUUGUCAAGUUGAUUAUUCAGUUCCAGGACUGGAUCCUGUAUGUAUGUCACAAUCCCUGUGGGCCACUUGACUUUUGCUGUGGCUCUCCCUGUCCUGCCCUUGCCACUAGUAGAAUACAAACUCAAUUUGGGAUU